AUUUAUUUAUUUUUUUAAAAAAAGCUUGGUCAAGUGUCAUCCAAGGAACAUAUCUGUGAAAUUGUAAAGUCGGACCAGUGGUUUAGGAGGAGACAGUGUUUGAAGACGUUUCCAUUUUAGCUUUAGUGGCCACGGUUUUUGCUAGAUCGGAGUAGUUUGAAUAAUCUUGAUAAAGUGUUGCACAAGGAACAUUUGUGAGUAACCAUUUUAACAUGUUUGAUGUUUAUACCGUGGUAUAUAUGGAAAAAUGCCAUAGCCUUAAAAGUGGCAUGCGUCUUGCUAAACUGGAAUAGUUUGAACGAUUGUGUCAUCCAAGAAACAUUUAUAUGAUAUUAUGUCGAAAUCGAAGCUACUGUCUCUGAGCAUAUUUUACCCAAGCGGCUACUCAAUAAUCAGAAAUGUAGCUGUACUAAAGAAACUAGCACCGGAACCAUCCACGUAAUGACUUAUAUCAAUAUAUCCAGUUUGUCUUUGCUUUCGAUCACAUGCCUACACAUUAUCUCUAAACUUAUUUUAUUGAUAUGAACAAAAUUUCAACAAAAUACUAUGUCAGAAUAGCGAUGGUUUCAAAAUGGAGACUUCUCAAUUUCAAUGAGUUACUUUCACAUGAUACAAAGACCCGGAUGUACUUCUAUACCUGGGUGACACCCUCCGUUAACUGACAACAAUUGAUCUGAUCAGCCCGCUCGGCUACAUUUUGAUUGGCCAAGAAAAUACACCGCAAAAUACACAACAUCUUGUAACCAUUCUAUUGGUUACGACAAUGAAUAAAAAGAAUCCGAAGAAAACCACUGAACAAAACUUUCCUGAUACUAAUGUUCGAAAGUUGAUAUAUUGAAAAAUGACACUUUAAAAUCCUUGACGAGGAAAGGAACUGAAAACAGAAUGUUUUAUAAUUUUGUUUUCCAAUGCUUUCUGCUUUUGGUGUGGAUGCCGGCUGCAAAUGCUAGGAUACGCAGAUAUUCUAUGGUUAAUUCAUCGAGUGUUAGGUACACGAACACUCUUAAACAUCAUUUAAACACUCCGAGGGUAAAAUGUGUUGCACUGUGCGAUGACACCGGCGGGUGUUCGUCCGUCAAUCAUAACUCGAUUACGAACAGGUGUGAGCUAACCAGCCAUAUUCCAAGGGUCCAGGAUCCUUCGGAAGUAGAUGAACCUGACUGGAGGGUGUAUUAUCACGAUCCCCUUAUCCGUGGUGUGAAUGCAUGGCAAAAUUCAACAUUCCUUAAUGCAACAUUCGUUAAUGAAACAUUCGUCAAUGAUACCCAAGGUUCACUCAGCGCCGAACUCGCUAUAGAUGGCAAUCGCACAAACACUGCAGUGGAAUCAGAUUUACCGUGCGCCCGUACCAAUGGUAGCUACUCCAACUGGACCAUGGAAUUUGAGCGUGUUGUAGAAGUUUCUUACGUCACUAUCUACUUCAGAAACGACAUGGAAAAUAAUCACAGAAACUCCAAUUUAAGCUUGUUGGUGUCGGCAACCAGACUAGACUCCGAAAAUGGCGUUGGUAUGGAUUGUGCUACCUACCCUGGGCCCCCGGCAUCGCCGGCUUUACCCAUAAAGGUCACGUGCACUACAGCUGUACUGGGAAAAUUCCUGAAGAUCAUACAUAAUAGUGAAGACUAUUUGACCCUUUGCGAAGUUGAGGUUUAUUCUGUAUAAAUGUUUAAUAUGUAUUCACUUUUGAUAAAAAAGGUCAUUGGAGGGAAAAGAAAGUGGGGGAAAAUCACAAUUAAAAAGAUUAUAAAUUGAUAUAUUUUCAUUUUACAAAAUGUUUCUGUGAUUUUUCAAAGUACGUUCAACUUGACAAAAUGGCUUUUUUGUUUUUUUUUGUUUUGUUUUUUGUUGUUGUUUUG